AUGGACAGUGACUCCCUAGCGCCUCAGGGAGCACAGGCCAGCCACUCACAGCUCCCCAUUCCCCGCUCCCCCACCACGGACUCCAACCCUUUUCUGGCUGAACCACCCGCCGCCCCACAGAUGACAAUGGUUCUGACCUCUGCGCCCGCCAUAUUCUCACCGCCACUGGCUCCAAGGCCUGCCCGUGCCGUCCAAAGCGCCGUCCUCAGCAAGCCCAGCUCCUGGGUGGAUUCCAUAAUGAAAACAGCGGUGUGUGUGGAGGGCACAGUUAAAGCCUCUCUUGCUUUUGGGACACGAAGUGCCUUACACGUUUUUACUCUCAUGUUAACACGUUUACAAGAAACAAUGGGACCGCAAGGAAAUACAUGA